AUGAUAAAUGCUUCAAAUAAACUGAAGCACCUAAAGUGUGAGCUCAGUGACAACCUCCUUAUCAUCAUGAUCUUGGAGUCCCUCCCUGAAGAGUUCGAUCAGUUCAAGAUCAACUACAAUUCCAUGAAGGAGAAAUGGACACUUGCUGAGAUAUCCCCUAGGAUUGUCCAGGAAGAAGAAAGAAUGAUGAGGCAGAACAAGGAUCAGGCUUUUCAUGUUGGCUCCUCAAAGAGAAAGCAUGACGGGUCAGGCCCUUCAAAGUCGCCAAAGAAAACCUUCAAGAAGGAAAUGCCAAAGUUUAAAGGAAAGGAAAAGGAAAAGGAUAAUGGACAGUCUUCAGAGCCUACUGAUAAUGUGUGUUUCUUUUGUAAGAAGGAAGGCCAUUACAGGAAGGACUGUCAUGAAUACCUCAAGUGGAUGAUGAAGAAAGGGAUUAAAUAUGAUCCAAACCGUAACAAGCGGGGCAAGACGACUUAGAGUUGCAAAUGGAGUUGAAGUUGAUGUUGAAGCUGUUGGGUCACUCACCUUGGAGCUCCACACCGGCUUUCACCUUCAUUUAAAUAAUGUUCUUUAUGUACCUACUUUAAGUAGGAAUUUGAUUUCAGUUUCUUGUCUCGAUGAUAACAUGUUUGAGUGCAAGUUUGGUAACAAACAAUUUGUUUUAAAUUAUUGUAAUAAAGAUGUUGG